GAAGAAAGUGCACGUGUUGUUAGCUCUGUGCGAUAUCGACGUGAAACAAACUUGAAAAUUAUUAAAAUUGAGUGUGCGUGCCUACAUCGUUUUCACAACAUUUUUUAAGGAAUUUAUUCAGGAUUUUACCGUCACGAUGGCGCCUAUGCCACCUCUGCCGCGUUACUGUCCUAAAAGUGACACACCAACUGAUUACGACAAUAUUUUUGAAGCAAUCAAAGCGAUCACAAUCGACAAGCAAACAUACCGAAGUGUUGCCGAGGCCUAUAACAUUUCUAGACCAGGAUUGGCGCGAUACAUUGGAAGAUUGAAAGAAUUAAAUGUGGAUGUCGCAACUACUGAUAAGCAAGUGUUGAUUGAUAUCAUCAUGGACAGUUCAACGGUUGGCAGAAAACCGAUUUUCACCGCUCUACAAGAACGAUCAUUAGUGAAGUAUAUUCUCAAGGCAAGCGACUUUCAUUAUGGCUUAAGCAUUACUGAGCUGCGGGUUCUGGCAUACCAGUAUGCGAAAUUGAUCGACAUCAAAUAUCCCGAUGAAUGGAAUACCCAUCAGCAAGCCAGCAAUGACUGGUAUUAUGCAUUUAUAAACCGACACAAGAAUUUAUCAUUGCGAACGCCUGAGCAAGUCAGUCAGAACCGGGCGAAGAAUUUUAACAAAGAAAACGUUGAUGCUUUCUUCGACAAUCUCAGUUCUGUUCUCGAACAAACAAAUUUUGAACAUCGCAUAUGGAAUAUGGACGAGUGUGGAUUUCCGACUGUCCCGACCAAAGCCAUUAAAGUCAUUGCACGAAGAGGCAAAAAACGUGUUGGCACGUCUACGUCUGCUGAAAGAGGCACAAAUGUGUCUAUGGCUUUAUCCGUAAGCGCCAUGGGCCAAUCCAUUCCACCUUACUUUCUCUUCCCGAGAAAGAAUAUGAAGGAAAUAUACAUGACGCAUGCAGGCCAAGGAGCUGUUGGUAUUGCAAAUGGCUGCGGCUGGAUGACAUCUGACGAAUUCUCAAAGUAUAUGGACCACUUCAUCACUCACUCGGGUGCUCGCAAAGGAUUGCCAACGCUUUUGCUGCUCGACAAUCACACAGCCCAUUUAUCCAUCGAAGCAAUCGAUAAAGCCAUCAACCAUGAUAUCAAAAUGUUGUCAUUUCCCCCACAUUGUACGCAUCGCAUGCAACCAUAAGAUAUCACGGUAUUUGGCCCAAUGAAGACGAUGUAUACUACGAAAUAUGAUGAUUGGAAAAAGAGCAAUAUGAAUGUAACCCUUGAUUUGCACCACAUUCCACUAAUCGUCGACCAAUGCCUUGAUUUGUGCGUCAUACCGAGGAACAUUAAAUCCGGAUUUAAAUCCAGCGGCAUUGUACCAUUCAAUCGCGACAUUUUUACUGAUGUUGAUUUCAUUGCUUCAAAAACCAAUGAAGAAAAUGAAAGUGAUGAUGAAGACGAUGAUCCAGAAACCCAACGCCGUAUUGUAGUUGUAAAUGUGGACGAUAUUGCAACAGGCGCGUUUGAAGAAAUUGAAACUUCAGAAACAUCUGAGUUGGCUUCCAAUACAUCCACAUCAUCUUUACCUUCAACAUUAUCUGGUGCCGAUUAUCGUGACGCAAUGAAAGCAAUUGGUCCUUUGAAGCAUGGUACACCAGCUCCAAAGUCUAAUCGAGGUCGAAAGCCAAUGAAGACCAGUGUUUUGACAUCGCCGGAAGUUGUCACUGAACUACGACAGAAAGCGGAUGCCAAACGCCAGAAGAUGGGAGAGCAAAAGGAAAAGGCAGAUGCCAAAGCAACACCAGCGCCAGCAUCAAAGAAACGCAAAGCUCGUACACCUUCAACAGCGCCGAAGAAGAAGAAGAAGCAACGGUCUUCCACUGAAGAAGAUGAAGAAGAAGAUGUUGACUUCUGCAUCAUCUGCAAGGAAAAUAUGCCACAGAAGUUGAAUCGAAACAACUCCAUUAACUGCAAUGUGUGCGAUCGAGCUGUUCACCUGCACUGCGCCAAUAUGCAAGCUGGCUACUUCACAUGCUCCAACUGUGAAACCGAAUAAAAAAUUCCACUGUUUGCCAUCAUUAGACCUUGAAAUUAAUUUGUUUUGUCAAUUCAAAGCAUUCAAUAAAGAUUUUUCAUGAUU